UUUAGCAGGAAGUUUAGCUAUUUUUGUUUCCGGCGUUGUACUUGGUUUUGUUUACGGUGUUUGCUGGGCGUGCGGCAGCUUAUUCCAGGCAACAUGGGGAAGAGGCAGCAUCAGAAGGAUAAGAUGUACAUCACUUGUACAGAGUAUACUAACUUCUAUGGUGGCAAGAAAACAGUUAUUCCACAAGCCAACUUCCGCCGUUUACCUUUUGAUCACUGCAGUUUGUCCCUACAACCCUUUGAGUACCCAGUGUGUACACCUGAUGGAAUGGUGUUCGAUCUCCUGUCUAUCAUUCCAUGGAUAAAGAAAUUUGGAACCCAUCCAACCACUGGUGAGAAAUUGGAUGUUAAAUCACUCAUUAAGUUGAACUACCAUAAAAACAGUGAAGGAAAAUUCCAUUGCCCAGUGAUGUACUCUGUCUUCACAAACAACUCGCAUAUAUUGGCAAUCAAGACUUCAGGAAAUGUCUAUUCACAUGAGGCAGUGGAGCAGUUGAAUAUUAAGACCAAGAGUUUUAAAGAUCUGCUAAGUGAUGAGCCUUUUACUCGGCAAGAAAUCCUCACACUGCAAGAUCCAUCCAACGUGGACAAGUUUAAUGUCUCAAACUUUUUCCAUGUCAAAAGUGGCCAAAGGGUUACUGAUCCAGAUGAGGAGAAAGCAAAGUUAGACCCAAAUUACUAUCUCAAAACCACCAGUAUGGUGCUGAGGGAAACGCUGACUGAACUGUACAGAGAUUAUAAAGGUGAUGAAAUGCUGGCAUCUAUCAUGAAAGAACCAGAAAAAAAGAAAGUGGAUAAAAUAAAUGCGGCACAUUAUUCUACAGGAAAAGUCUCAGCUUCCUUCACAUCCACAGCAGUGAGUCCUGAAACUACACAUGAAGCAGCUGCAAUUGAUGAUGACCAGGUUCGUUAUCGCUAUGUCAAAAAGAAAGGAUAUGUCCGACUCCAUACAACCAAAGGCGAUCUGAACUUGGAGUUGCAUUGUGAAAUGACUCCCAAGGCAUGUGAGAAUUUCAUCAAAUUGUGCAAAAAGGGAUAUUACAAUGGAACAAAAUUUCACAGAUCUAUCCGGAACUUCAUGAUUCAAGGAGGUGAUCCAACUGGUACCGGCACUGGUGGAGAGUCAUACUGGGGGAAACCUUUCAAGGAUGAGUUCAAACCCAAUCUCUCGCACACUGGUCGAGGCAUCCUCAGUAUGGCCAAUUCAGGACCCAACACCAAUAAAUCGCAAUUCUUUAUUACAUUUCGCUCAUGUGCCUACCUGGACAAAAAGCACUCAAUCUUCGGAAAAGUUGUUGGUGGUUUUGAGACAUUGACGGCCAUGGAAAAUGUGGAGAGUGAUGUGAAGACUGACUUGCCAGAGGAAGAGAUCAGAAUUGAGAACACAGCAGUGUUUGUGGAUCCCUUUGAAGAAGCAGAUCUUCUGAUUGCAGCAGAGAGGGAGAAAAAUCGGAUUGAGGAAGAGGAAGCAAAGGCCAAAGCAAAGCCAGUUGUGCCUAAAAGCAGCACAACCCCCAAAACCUACCGACAAGGAGUUGGAAAAUAUAUCAACAUGGGAGCUAAGGCUAAAAAGCGGACAGUGGAGAAUCAGGACAGCAGCCCUUCCACCAGCAGUACCAAAAAAACAAAAGGGAUCACUGGCUUUGGUAACUUUAGCUCGUGGUAGUUCUCAGUCCAAGCCACAACAAGAGGAGAAAACCUCAAUCAGCAGUGUUGAUGAGAGAUUUGAAAAGAUCCACAGGUGGUCAAAUGCUUGACUGAAUUUCUACCGUAGCACUCCUCCUCCAUGAGCUAAAAGUAGUAUGAGAUGCAAAGUCCAUGAAUAAUCUAAACAAUACUUGAGUUUCCAUUCUAGUACAAACAAGAACUUUAUUUCCUUGCUGGGACCACAUUCUGGAUUUUGUUAAACUCCAUAUUCAGACGAUGAGGUCAUCCAUUUUUCCUCAUGAAAUACAUUUAUCUAUGCAGUUUCAAUUAAACUCAAUUGGAUUCCUAGCUGAGAUGAUUUAUUCAAUUAUUUGCAUGAUUAACCACAAACUGGUUCAGAUCUACAGUAAAUUGAGACGGGGAGUUGCUACAUAUGUUGUGGGCAACUACUUUCACUUCCUCUCUGCCAUGUGAUGAUCAAACACUGAUUAUAUUUAAGAGAUGUAUUUGUUUUUGGUGAACAGGCAUCACUUGACUGGGUCAUUGAGGACUCCUUUCAUAGGUCUUUGCAAGAGAGUGAGUGUUAGAUAUGUCUUAAUUAUGUUUCAUAAUAGUCUUUACUUGUCAAUUAAGAGGAAGGCAUUCCAAUGAUUAUAAUCAUACUUCACCCAGGGAUGGUUGUAGUUGUUCAAGGACUACAAUCCCUGCCCCGAGAUGCCUCUGCAAAAGUUCCUCAGGGCAAUGUCCUGAACCCAGAUAUCUCCAGCUGCUUCAUCAAUGGCCUUCCUUCCAGCUUAGCAGCAGAAGUCGGGAUGUUGAAUGAUGAUUGCACAUUUCAUUUGCAACCCCAGAAAAAUUGAAGCAGCCCAUGCCCUCAUGCAGGAAGACCCAGCCAACAGUAAGGCAAGGACUGAUAAGCUGCAAGUGAAUUUGCUGCACAAGGGCCAAGCCAUAGCUGUCUCCAUCAGGAGAAAGUCUAACCACCUGUUAUUGACAUUCAAUUGCAUUAUCAUCGCCAAUGCUGAAAAUCAAUUUUGGUGAGAAGACUAUUGACCAGAAACAUGACUUGGCAAACCAAGAACAGGUUUAUUACUUUGUAUCCCAAAAUGAUUAUAUCGUCUCUUGAUGUAUUAAAAGCUUUCUACCAUCUAUAA